ACAGGCGUGCGAAGACACGGCCAGACCCAGCAACCGUAAAAGUAAAAUGGUUGAACAUUGGCAAGAAACAAGUCUGUUGGCUACUAUCAGUGGAGGAACAUGAUGGUCUCGCUUGGUCCUCUCUGUCCCAUAGCCACCGAGCUUUGUGGCGGGUCAGGAAGCAGCUGUCAAAGUAGAUCAACAACCCUGGAUGAUCCUCUUCGGGAGUGCCCGAGGGAAGACUUCCCAAGGGUUGCUUUGAAUCUCCAAGGGAAAUUCAUGCCUAUCCCAAUACUCAGAUGUGAAGUGUAUUAUCGGACGCUGCUUCCUCCGUUAGCCAGGUACGACUGGGUGAUCUUUCCUGGAUGUCUUCCUUAUUCGGCCACACAAAAGAAUGAUGACCGAGGGAAGUGGUUGACUCCUCCAGAUCGGCCGUGGUUGCCGGUGAAAAAGGAAGGUGCGGUUGUGGACCUCUUCCUAACUCCGCAGCAUCAGUUGACCAAUUUCUCGAGGUAUAAACACCCCCUUCGCCGGCCAUAUCUGAUUUGAUUCUCUUUCCAUCCAGGGAUUUUCUGACCACAACCACCGAUUUCGUUGAUGAAGCACAACGCAUCCCUUCCUCAUCAACCCCAAAAGAGCACCCAAGGUUACAGUCGAUAAGCUCGAUGGCCUUGCUUCAAACCGUAACUUGCUUUCGUUUUGGACUUUGGGCAAAC